AUGAGCAGCGCGUUCAGCGAGGAGAUACUCGCCGACAAGCUCGCCAAGCUCAACAACACGCAGCAGUGCAUCGAAACGCUGUCGCAUUGGUGCAUUUACCAUCGGAAGGAUGCAGAGCUAAUUGUCCAAACAUGGGCCAAGCAGUUCCAUAAUUCUGGAAAUGAACAAAAGGUCCCUUUCCUUUAUCUGGCUAAUGACAUCCUACAGAACAGUAAGCGCAAUGGCACCGAGUUUGUAGAAGAAUUCUGGAAGGUCCUCCCAACAACACUUAAAGAUGUAGCUGAAAAGGGUGACGACCGUGGGAAGAAGACGGUCUCUAGGCUGGUUGAUAUAUGGCAAGAAAGGAGAGUUUUUGGUUCACGUGCUGGGGGCAUCAAGGAUGUGAUGCUUGGAACUGCCCCCCUUCCUGUAUUAGAUAUGACCAAAAAGCGCUCUCACAGUUCAUCCAUCAAGAUUGUUAAAAGAGAUUCACGUUCUGUAAAACUGAGACUAGGCGUUGGAGGAACUGCAGAGAGAAUUGUAUCUGCGUUGCAUACUGUUCUCAGUGAACAAGCAGAUGAAGAUGCUGACCUCGAAAACUGCAAGACAUCUAUGCGUCAUGUUGGAAAGAUGGAGAAGGAUGUUGACAGUGCCUGUAACAAAGCUGAGGAUCCUCGUCGUGAGACUCUUUGCACAAAAUUGAAGGAUGAGGAGGCUACCAUGAAAAAAUGCAUCGAAAAGCUCAAAGCAGUUGAAGAAAAUAGAGCAGCUGUUGUGUCUGAAUUGAAAGAGGCAUUGCAGGAACAGGAAUCGGAGCUGGAGAAGGUCCGCACUCAGUUGCAGUUGGCUGAAGCAAUGGUAGAAGAAACGGCCAACAUGCAACGGAGGCUCAACAAUGAGCCAAUCAUUCCAUCUUCCAAGCUAGCAUCAUCAGUAGAGCCAGGAAAUUCACUCUCUAAUGGGCAAGUAAAGGGCCAGCAGAAGACAGCUGCUGCUAUCCUCGCGGACAAGAUUGCAUCAUCAUCAAACUCUCAGCAAAUACUCCAAUCUGCACUUUCCAAGUUUGCUGCUGAAAAUUCAUCUGAGAUACGCUCAGAUAAAAGGAUGAAAGUCGAACAAUCCUCACAGGUCCCAAGCGUUGCGAAUGCUGCUGCCUUCGUACCAAUGCCGUCAAUGGUCACCACAGCAGCACAGCAGCCCCAGACAAUCUUGGUACAGCAAACUCCUGUGCAAGGCCAAGCUUCUGCGCCACAGCCCCAAUACAAUAUCUACCAGGCCCCUCCACAGCACUUUGUCCAACAGCCUCAACCACCUACACAGCAGAUGCUUCAGCAGCAAAUGCAGAUGAAUGUUGCGCCCCCGAUGCAGUUUACGCUUCAGCAGCCUGGUGCACCACCUUUCAGGCCUUUGCAGCCACCUCCAGGGAUGCAAUUUUUCCAUCACCAAUCUCAGUGA